AUGUGGCUGUCACCUGCAGGGCAGUGUCUGUGUCUCCUCCUCCCCUCCCCUUGUGUGUCUGUGUCUCCUCCUCCCCUCUCCUUGUGUGUCUGUGUCUCCUCCUCCCCUCCCCUUGUGUGUCUGUGUCUCCUCCUCCCCUCCUCUUGUGUGUCUGUGUCUCCUCCUCCCCUCCCCUUGUGUGUUUGUGUCUCCUCCUCCCCUCCUCUUGUGUGUCUGUGUCUCCUCCUCCCCUCUCCUUGUGUGUCUGUGUCUCCUCCUCCCCUCCCCUUGUGUGUCUGUGUCUCCUCCUCCCCUCUCCUUGUGUGUCUGUGUCUCCUCCUCCCCUCCCCUUGUGUGUUUGUGUCUCCUCCUCCCCUCCUCUUGUGUGUCUGUGUCUCCUCCUCCCCUCCUCUUGUGUGUCUGUGUCUCCUCCUCCCCUCCCCUUGUGUGUCUGUGUCUCCUCCUCCCCUCCCCUUGUGUGUCUGUGUCUCCUCCUCCCCUCCCCUUGUGUGUCUGUGUCUCCUCCUCCCCUCUCCUUGUGUGUCUGUGUCUCCUCCUCCCCUCUCCUUGUGUGUCUGUGUCUCCUUCUCCCCUCCCCUUGUGUGUCUGUGUCUCCUCCUCCCCUCUCCUUGUGUGUCUGUGUCUCCUCCUCCCCUCCCCUUGUGUGUCUGUGUCUCCUCCUCCCCUCUCCUUGUGUGUCUGUGUCUCCUCCUCCCCUCUCCUUGUGUGUCUGUGUCUCCUCCUCCCCUCUCCUUGUGUGUCUGUGUCUCCUCCUCCCCUCCUCUUGUGUGUCUGUGUCUCCUCCUCCCCUCCUCUUGUGUGUCUGUGUCUCCUCCUCCCCUCUCCUUGUGUGUCUGUGUCUCCUCCUCCCCUCUCCUUGUGUGUCUGUGUCUCCUCCUCCCCUCCCCUUGUGUGUCUGUGUCUCCUCCUCCCCUCUCCUUGUGUGUCUGUGUCUCCUCCUCCCCUCCCCUUGUGUGUCUGUGUCUCCUCCUCCCCUCCUCUUGUGUGUCUGUGUCUCCUCCUCCCCUCCCCUUGUGUGUCUGUGUCUCCUCCUCCCCUCCUCUUGUGUGUCUGUGUCUCCUCCUCCCCUCUCCUUGUGUGUCUGUGUCUCCCUCCUCCCCUCCUCUUGUGUGUCUGUGUCUCCUCCUCCCCUCCCCUUGUGUGUCUGUGUCUCCUCCUCCCCUCCUCUUGUGUGUCUGUGUCUCCUCCUCCCCUCCCCUUGUGUGUCUGUGUCUCCUCCUCCCCUCCCCUUGUGUGUCUGUGUCUCCUCCUCCCCUCCUCUUGUGUGUCUGUGUCUCCUCCUCCCCUCCCCUUGUGUGUCUGUGUCUCCUCCUCCCCUCCCCUUGUGUGUCUGUGUCUCCUCCUCCCCUCCCCUUGUGUGUCUGCGUCUCCUCCUCCUCUUGUGUGUCUGCGUCUCCUUCUCUCCUCCCCUUGUGUGUCUGUGUCUCCUCCUCCCCUCCCCUUGUGUGUCUGUGUCUCCUCCUCCCCUCCCCUUGUGUGUCUGUGUCUCCUCCUCCCCUCCCCUUGUGUGUCUGCGUCUCCUCCUCCUCUUGUGUGUCUGCGUCUCCUCCUCCCCUCCCCUUGUGUGUCUGCGUCUCCUCCUCCCCUCCUCUUGUGUGUCUGUGUCUCCUCCUCCCCUCUCCUUGUGUGUCUGCGUCUCCUCCUCCCCUCCCCUUGUGUGUCUGCGUCUCCUCCUCCCCUCCCCUUGUGUGUCUGUGUCUCCUCCUCCCCUCUCCUUGUGUGUCUGUGUCUCCUCCUCCCCUCCCCUUGUGUGUCUGUGUCUCCUCCUCCCCUCCUCUUGUGUGUCUGUGUCUCCUCCUCCCCUCCUCUUGUGUGUCUGUGUCUCCUCCUCCCCUCCCCUUGUGUGUCUGUGUCUCCUCCUCCCCUCCCCUUGUGUGUCUGUGUCUCCUCCUCCCCUCUCCUUGUGUGUCUGUGUCUCCUCCUCCCCUCUCCUUGUGUGUCUGUGUCUCCUCCUCCCCUCCCCUUGUGUGUCUGUGUCUCCUCCUCCCCUCUCCUUGUGUGUCUGUGUCUCCUCCUCCCCUCCCCUUGUGUGUCUGUGUCUCCUCCUCCCCUCUCCUUGUGUGUCUGUGUCUCCUCCUCCCCUCUCCUUGUGUGUCUGUGUCUCCUCCUCCCCUCCUCUUGUGUGUCUGUGUCUCCUCCUCCCCUCCUCUUGUGUGUCUGUGUCUCCUCCUCCCCUCUCCUUGUGUGUCUGUCUCCUCCUCCCCUCUCCUUGUGUGUCUGUGUCUCCUCCUCCCCUCCUCUUGUGUGUCUGUGUCUCCUCCUCCCCUCUCCUUGUGUGUCUGUCUCCUCCUCCCCUCCCCUUGUGUGUCUGUGUCUCCUCCUCCCCUCUCCUUGUGUGUCUGUGUCUCCUCCUCCCCUCCCCUUGUGUGUCUGUGUCUCCUCCUCCCCUCUCCUUGUGUGUCUGUGUCUCCUCCUCCCCUCCUCUUGUGUGUCUGUGUCUCCUCCUCCCCUCCCCUUGUGUGUCUGUGUCUCCUCCUCCCCUCCCCUUGUGUGUCUGUGUCUCCUCCUCCCCUCCCUUGUGUGUCUGUGUCUCCUCCUCCCCUCCCCUUGUGUGUCUGCGUCUCCUCCUCCUCUUGUGUGUCUGCGUCUCCUUCUCUCCUCCCCCUUGUGUGUCUGUGUCUCCUCCUCCCCUCCCCUUGUGUGUCUGUGUCUCCUCCUCCCCUCCCCUUGUGUGUCUGUGUCUCCUCCUCCCCUCCCCUUGUGUGUCUGCGUCUCCUCCUCCCCUCCUCUUGUGUGUCUGUGUCUCCUCCUCCCCUCUCCUUGUGUGUCUGUCUCCUCCUCCCCUCCCCUUGUGUGUCUGUGUCUCCUCCUCCCCCCUCCUUGUGUGUCUGUGUCUCCUCCUCCCCUCCCCUUGUGUGUCUGUGUCUCCUCCUCCCCUCUCCUUGUGUGUCUGUGUCUCCUCCUCCCCUCCUCUUGUGUGUCUGUGUCUCCUCCUCCCCUCCUCUUGUGUGUCUGUGUCUCCUCCUCCCCUCCCCUUGUGUGUCUGUGUCUCCUCCUCCCCUCCCCUUGUGUGUCUGUGUCUCCUCCUCCCCUCCCCUUGUGUGUCUGCGUCUCCUCCUCCUCUUGUGUGUCUGCGUCUCCUUCUCUCCUCCCCUUGUGUGUCUGUGUCUCCUCCUCCCCUCCCCUUGUGUGUCUGUGUCUCCUCCUCCCCUCCCCUUGUGUGUCUGCGUCUCCUCCUCCUCUUGUGUGUCUGCGUCUCCUCCUCCCCUCUCCUUGUGUGUCUGUGUCUCCUCCUCCCCUCUCCAUGUGUGUCUGUGUCUCCUCCUCCCCUCCCCUUGUGUGUCUGCGUCUCCUCCUCCCCUCCCCUUGUGUGUCUGUGUCUCCUCCUCCCCUCCCCUUGUGUGUCUGUGUCUCCUCCUCCCCUCCCCUUGUGUGUCUGUGUCUCCUCCUCCCCUCUCCUUGUGUGUCUGUGUCUCCUCCUCCCCUCCUCUUGUGUGUCUGUGUCUCCUCCUCCCCUCCCCUUGUGUGUCUGUGUCUCCUCCUCCCCUCCCCUUGUGUGUCUGCGUCUCCUCCUCCCCUCCCCUUGUGUGUCUGCGUCUCCUCCUCCCCUCCCCUUCUUCCUUUUCCAAAGUCUUCUCUCUGGCUGCCUGGGUUUUUGCUAAAGACUUCACCAGUCCCGCCAGUUCUUCAAACCUUUCUCCAGAGCUGCUAAUUGCAUCCACCCCCGGCUCCACAGGUGCUGACGAUCCCUCAUCAGGAUCAGCUCGUUGCUCAGUCUGCACUUUCUUCAUCCUUGUCGCCAUCUCCUGUUACUUUGUUGGAUCGCGGGCCCAGCUUCUGACACCAAUUGUGACACUUGUCAUGUCAGGAUGGCACUUAUGA